GACAGGCUGAAACAGCGCAAGCAUGACCAACGGGUCCUGCUUCUGGCUCGACGCGUCGGCGCCGGCGUGUACAAAGGCAUCUUGGCCCUCGUGUGGCUACAGCUGGCUCGUCUCGGCGCCUGUCUGGUUGCUCUGGGGCGUCUGGUUGCUGUACGGACUCGGGCGCCUCCGUCAAGCCACUCGGCAAACCAACGGGUUUCAGUUUGAUACAGACAAGAUUCACGACCCGCUCGCCCAAGGGAUGGCCGUCGCGCUUUCCCAGCGCAAGUCGACGAGCAUACACAAGCCAAAGUUUCAGCGCUACAUGAAGCUCGGGGCCAUGUGGGCCGAGUGGCCAUCGCUAACGUACACGCCGCUGACGAUUGCGUUCAAAGUCGCGGGCUCGAGCAGCUUUCUGUCGUCGAUGCUCGUCUCGUUCAACUCGCCGUACGAGAUGGCCAACCUGGUGCUGGCCGUCGUGUGUGGGGGCAGCAUUCUUGUGCUUCGGCACGGCCAACGACUCGUGCCCCUACACGAAUUGUACUUGAAAAAGUACGCGUACCCCAUCACGUUUGACGUGUUGUACAUUCCGCUCAUUUCGACCUUUGUGCGUCUCGCAACGUGCCCCGGCGGGUACCAGCACAUUGCGCUGCCGGGCGGCGCGACCUGCGAUUGUGUGAACCGCUUUGGCAUUUCUUGGAGCAUUGGGUUUGUCGGGUUUGUGAUACUGUACACCAGGGCACUGCACUACAAGAUGUUUAUCGAGCCACACGGCGCGACCAUGGACUUUCGAUUUCAAACCAGCUUUCAGAUCAUCAUGGUCAUGGCGCGCACCCUCAACCCCAUUAUAUCGGUGCUCGUGAGCGACUUGGACAUGAAGACGCACCGAUCGGACGCGAUCCUUCUCGCGUGCGGCUUUCUUGUGUGCAUUGCGUUUCUGUUUGUGUACAACUACAAGGCGCAGCCGUGCAUUGGGAGCGGCCGCAUCCCCAACAACAUUCGCGCACUCUCGUUCUCGAGCGCGAUCUACACGACGCUGAGUGUCCUCGGGUUUCUCUUCUCGAACGCGUCGCCCGCGCAGCUCUACUAUGCGCUGACCCCGCUGCCGGUCGUGUGGGGUGUCGCGUGGCAUCGCAACAACAUGCGCGCGCACCACUUUCACGUCCCCGACCUCUCGAUCCUCGAGCUCCUUCGCGACCACUCGAGCCGGUCCAAGACCGUGGGCACGAUCGCUGCGCUUUACAUGGACCCGCUCAAGCUGCACGUCGUGCACUACGCCGCGAUCAUGGCGCAACUCGAAAAGAUCACGCAGCGGUCGCGCACCAAAGAGCUUUUGUGCCGCGCGUACGCGUUGCGGACACUUUGGUUUUGCCACAUUGAGAAUUUCCGAAAACAAAGCCUCACGGUUGGCGAAGACAAGAAGAAGACGGCGGUGCCACCCAAGCUGUGGUUCAAAGACAUUGAGAAUAGCGACCGGAAAUCCAAGGCCCGCGCACGCCUCUUGACGGCCGACGUGCCGAUUUCGAUCGUCAAGCCGAACAUCAAGAUCCAGCGCGUCCACCACGUCAAAGAUGUCAUGGACACGACAACGUCCCUCGCCAACUUGCAUCCGCGCCAGAUCAAUGCACUCGCCGCGUUCCAGCGCCCCUUGCCCAUGCUGCGGACUCCCCGCGUUGCCCCCGACAAGUCGAAGGACGGAAAAAGUCGUCUCUCAAAAAGAAGCAGCCCCCACCAGCGAAGCUCCGCGUCGGCGCUCGAGCAGCCAAAAAGGCGUCCAUUGCGACUCUCCGAGCCGGAUAAGCUCAGCAGCGCCGAAAUACUCGCGGUCAGGCCACCCCCGGUGGACCCCCCCCCCACUGAGGAACCGGCGGCCGAGACACCCCCCACCGAAUCACCCGCAACCGAGACACCCCCCACGGAGUCACCACUAACAGAGUCACGACCCACCGAGCCACCACCUCCGGAGGCACCACCCGCCGAGACACCCCGAACCGAGACAACUUUGCCGGAUAUGCCUUCUGUCGCAGCAACCAAGCCGCGACCUCCGAUGCUUGGUGCACUGCGGCAGGCAGGCUCCCGCCCAUCGUCGCUGCUCAACGUUUUCUCUGGCCAAAAGUUACAGUCGUCUGAUACAUCCAUGAAGCACGCACCGUCCGUCUCGGACCUCCGACCGCGGCGUCCUAGUGGCUGGAAGCACACCAUGUCGAUGGCCAAGCUUGUGGCGCCGAUUCUAUCGCGCCUCACGGGCACGGCGCGGUCCCUAGCGAUUAGCAACUACCACGUCGUGCUCAUCCACGACAAGCACUGGAUCUCCAAGGACGAAUCCCCAAACGACGCAUUUUUUCACGCGGUUGGGCUCUUUAAUACAGCGCUCGAGGUGCUCGCGCAAGCGUGUGCGCUCGGUGACAAGCCGUGCAUGCACGAAAUCGCCCUGUUUAUGCUCGAGUGGUAUCGCAGCGGGUACCUCCGGCUCACAAAGACCAUCUACUUGCACGUGCUCUCGACGCUAACGGCGACGGGCGACCGGAAGCGGACGGCGGAUGCAACCCAUACGAUUCACAAGCUAUGCAUCAGUGGUGUCGUUCCGCUGCAGCUCUGGCUCAAGAACGCAUCGUACCUCAACAACUUUGUCACGGCACUCGUCCAUCCGAGUCCGACAACUGUCUUCAAGUGCGCGUCCGUGCUCGCCCUCGUGCUCCAAGCCGCCGAGCGGCACACGAAGAUCAGCCUCUUUUUGCUGCUGACGCCCGAAAGCAUCAAUCGCGUCCAUAGCGCGCUCGCCAAGUGGCACAGCGUGUACCACAUCAGCGCGACGCUCGAGGCCAUUUGUUUACGCUUGCACCAAAUGGAAGUCGCGCAGUUCACCAAGCGUCUGCACACGGGCAAGAAGAAGAUCUCCGGCGCCUUGCUGCAGUGGGUCCACGAGACGUUUACGCAGCGCUUUGUCCGAGUCGUCGUGCGGUCGGCCGACUCGGUCAAACCGUCGACGACGGCCAACACGAUGACGGGCACCUUUACGCGACGCAAGACAGAGUCGCACCUCAGCAGUAACUCGGGCAUUCGCCGCUUCUCCCGCUCCGUCAUGCGAACGUCCGUGACGUGCAAGGUCGUACCAUCGCCAGUUGCUCCAGCGCCAGAAGAGCCACGGACGCCAGAGCACACACCACCGACACUCGACACCAACACCGAGGCCAGCCCACCGCUGCGAUUGCCCCCGCUCUUGGAGCCACCAAUCGCGAGCAGUCUUUUGCUCCCGCCAGCGCUGCCGCCCGUAAACGUCACGCCCGUCGUCGAGAGAGUCGAGACAGGUCGCCGACUGCCACCUCUGCGGCAGCGAGCGAAUAGCUUAGCUCCCCGAGAUAUUCCAGAUCUGCCACCGGCCACAGCUUCGCCACCACCAGCAUCGUGUGUGGGACCGCCGCAAGCUCUUCUUCUCCCUGUCAUGGCCGGCGGCAUCGUGUCCAAUACGUCUGUAGCCAGCCCCGAGGUGCCGACGACGACAGCGUUGACGGUCGCUGCGAUUCUCGCAAGCGCAACACAGCAGCCACCGAUGCCAGUUGGCGUCCCUGCAAGCGGUCCCUCACUGGCACUGCUCACUGCCACGCAACCCGUCAUGACGGCGGCCAGUGCUGAGCCGGCAAUGGUUACGCCAGCGGCGCUGUCGACGGGCCAGAGCAGCACGACCGAUUCGGCGCGUUUUGGCUCGCGCCUCUCGGGCAACGUACGCGACACUCGGACGUCGUCGACUGACGAUGACGCGUCCUUGGAGCUAUUGGCGUCGCGCAACCAAUCAUUUUACACGGUGGACUUGUUCUUGGACGGUGAUGGAAAGACGCUCACGAAUGCGCGACGCAAGGCCGAUGGGACGUUGCGGCGCAUCAUGCGGCCCGAGCAGUACGUGGUCGUGUCGCCCGCGGUGCUCACCGAGAUUCGCCGGCGCCGAACCAACCGCCGGCGCCUCCUCGAAGGUCUCCGAGCUGCUCAAAAGGUGCAUCGCGACACCAAGCUCAUGCUCGCGUCGAAAAAAGAGCUCUCGGACGCCCUCGCCAACGUUGCCGUCUUGUACCGAUCGGCCACCGAGAGCGCCAUCCUGGAUUUUGUCAAAGUCGGGUUGGACCCGGACCUCCAGACGUUCUUUGCUUCAGUUGUCAAGCCAUUUUUGACGCCCAGCGACCACAAGGUGCACGAGAAGCGACGUUCGGUGCUAUGGCUCCCGCCCCCCACGUAGAGAGACGCACCAUAUUUGAAUUCAAGUGUUCAACUGUUCUUGUG